GAUGACUACUCCCACCUAUCAGCCUAUGAAAGGAAAAGACUAAAGAACAUCACAGAAAAUGCUAAAUUCUUUGCUUCUCUAGAGCUGCAUGAGUCAGCUGCAAGACUUAACCAACUUACCACUAAAAGGCAAUCUCGGGUCACUAAAAGGGCCAAGCCUAAGAAGGCAGAGGAUGAGCCGGCGCGGCGGCGAUCCAUGCGCCUGCUCAGGGAGCCGCCGCUGGACGUUCCCUUGCUGGACAGGUUUCCCCGGCCAGAGGCAGAGGAAUAUCCUCAGGUUCCAGGCGGACCUUUGCCCAUGGUUCCAGAGUACCAGACAGAGAGCAGUAAAUGGACAGAGGCCUUACUGAACACGUGGAUGAGGAUAAGUGAGGUGAAGGCGGAAGAUGCUGAGCGGGACACACCUGACAUAAAGAGGUACCAGGAGAGCCUGAGCAGCAUGGUGCUGAGAGAGGAGAACAUCAGGAAGGUGGUGAAGUCCCGGGUGUGUUCCAUGGCCAUCCACCCUUCCGAGAGCGCCAUCCUUGUGGCAGCUGGAGACAAGCUGGGGCACGUUGGCCUCUGGAAUGUGAGCUGCGGGACGGAGGAAGGAGCCCACACCUUCAUCCCCCACAACUUCCAUGUCAGCUGCAUGCACUUCUCUCCCUGCAACCCUGCUCACCUGCUGUCCCUCAGCAAUGACACGCUGCGCUGUGGCGAUGUCACCAGGGCUGUCUUUGAUGAGAUCUACAGGGGUGAGGAAGACUUGUCCUGCUUUGACUUCCUGGAAGAGAAUGCCUGCACUGCCAUUGUGAGUUGCUGGGACGGGCCCGUGGCUGUUGUGGACAGACGGACGCCAGGGGUGUCCCCAGAGCUCUCUGUGGACAUUGGCUUCAGGAAGACACGGACAGUCCACGUGCACCCUGUGAACAAACAGUAUUUCCUGGCUGCUGGCUCCGUGGACGUUUGUGUUUUUGAUGUUCGGUACCUUCGGAACACCAAGGAGAACAAGCCCCUGAGCUCUCUGACAGGACACACCAAAAGCGUGGCCUCGGCCUAUUUCUCACCUGUCACUGGCAGCAGGGUGGUGACAGUGUGUGCUGAUGACCGGCUGAGGGUCUACGACACCACGUCCUUGUCAUCCACUGUCACACUGCUCAGCUCCAUCAGGCACAACAACAACACAGGCCGCUGGCUGACCCGCUUCAGGGCCAUCUGGGACCCCAAGCAGGAGCACUGCUUCCUGGUGGGCAGCAUGGCACAGCCCAGGCAGAUCGAGGUGUUCCAGGACACCGGGAAGUUGCUGCACUCCUUCUACAACGUGGACUGCCUCGGCUCCGUGUGCUCCAUCAACGUCGUGCACCCCAGCCAGAGCAUCCUGGUGGGAGGCAACUCCAGUGGCCGCCUCCACGUGUUCCAAUAGAAGUGCCUUAGGUCUUUAUUUUUUACCUCCCUGCACUGACUUGGUUCAUUCUGUAUUAAGCAGUUCCGAAGCUGGCUGUUGUUUCUCAGGACAGAAAUGUACUUUUAAAGUCUUAAAAUAAAUAGUUUAAACUGCC